AUGUCCAACCUGACUCCAGCUGUCGCCGCUAUCCCUGAGCCUUCUCCGUCUCCGGAGGAGCCCGUGCGAUACCAGUACUUUGCUCGCUUCAACCCACGCGAGUAUUAUUACGCGUACCUGUCGGGUGGCGGCCCUCUUCGUGCCGGUGUCUACACCCUGCUGCUGCCUAACAUGCAUCUCCUCUGCCACCAAGGCCUCAUCGACUCGCAUAUUGGCGCUUGUAUCUGGGGAUUCCUUACGCGCUGGCACCACACCCUGCCUCCCAGGCUUAGGGUCCGGUACUGGAAUCAGGUGCUAGCACGCGUCCCCGCGGAGAUGCGUUCUUCGCAUGUAUUGACUAGCCUGGAGGUCAGGUUGCCCUUCCCUGGCGAACCUGGUUUUGUCAUGACUUCACCGCCGCUCCCCCUGGUCUAUUACCUCCUGCAGCGGGAGGUUCCCGAAUCCAAAGCCUUGCUACGAACUCCACUGAUCGACGAGGACGCCUUUCCGGGCGUGGUUUUCCCUCGGUAUCCGACUCCCUUGCCAGACGACGUCGACGAGCUGGCUUCAGAGCGAGGGACUCCAGUUCCCCUGCCCCAGUCGUCGCCGUGCCCGCUCUCUACUGGGCAGACGCUAACCCUGGCUACCGCCUAUCCUCCGCUCUCCAUGCCUCCUGUGGGGCCACCAACGACAGCACCUCCACCCUACCAGGCUCUAGCUCCUCAGGCCCCACGGCCGGCUACUCAGCCUCCUCCUUUUUCUGGGUUUCAGCCUCCCGCCGUGCGUCACGGUCGCCACCAAGUGGCGGCCUCUCUUCAAGAUCUCCAGCAGACUUUGAGGAACCCGUCCUUAACUUCCGGCAAUACCUUGCCAUCGGCUGCGACCUUCCUCGACCUCAACCGUUGCGUUACCGCUAGUCUCCCCGUGCUGCCUACCCCACCGACUCCUGGUCCUAGAUGCCAGCCUCAACCCCAGAGGCCGUUAUCUCCAGAUCCCAGGCUUCCUCCGCCGAGUUUUUCCGUAGUCUCUACACGCACUGCUCAGCGCAUCGCGACCUCAAGUUGUACCCCUCGGCGUCGUCUCCAUUCUCAGGCUAGGCCCCCCCUUCCCCCUGUUGUUGGAGAAGGGGAGUUUUCUGUAGCACCCAUUCCUCCUGCUUCCCGGGGGGGCGUCUCUACUCCACGGCCUCAAGAGCCGUUAUUCUUCCCUAGCUCUGAGGAGGAGGAUGGACAUCGUCCUCCUUCUACAUCUCCUCCUCUGCCUCCGCCUCCAUUUGGCGACGUUGGCAAUCCUUUCGAUGACAUGCCUGUUGUCGACGGAGUCCGGGUACCUUCACCCGAGCUUAUCUAUAACGCCGUCUCCAGCGACCUCGUCGACGACCACAACUUUGACGUGGGAUCCCCUGUUACUGAGAUCCCCAAGCGUACCACUCGUGCCAAGGGGAAGGCCAAAGCCACUGCUUCUUCUUCCAAGAGGAGGGGCAAGAAGGGGGUCGUCCAGAAGGCCAAUAUUCCUCCUGUGACUCCUCCUCGUGACGAGGACUCUGCCCCUUCCCCCCCUCCUUCUGUGCACGUUCGUACCUCUUCUGCUCGUCGUCCGGUCGCUUCGCCUGGUCCUGAGCCUGUAGCUGGGCCUUCUCGUCUCUCCAAGCGCAAGAAGCAGUCCCAGGCUGCUACUCCUUCAACUCCGCCGGCGGCGAUUUCUCCUCCUCAUGUCCCUCUGACACGCUCACGUGCGGCUGCCACCAAGGCAGCUAUUCUUCCUUCCCUCGUCAAGCUCCCUGAGGAGUCAGGGUCGGACCCUGAUGACGACGUGCCUCCCAGAAAGAAGCGUAGGGUUUCCGAGGCCAAGAAGGAGAAGAAGAAGAAGGCCUUACACGUGAAGGAGCCGGCCAAGAAGCGAGGUUGCAAGCCUGACGCUCGUUACAUGCUUAGCAAGCCUGGGGCUGAUACUGGUGUGGUCGUCGGCCACCAUUCCACUAGCUGCGCAGAGCUCGAGGUCCUGACCUUCGAUGAUAUCCGUGAGGGUCUGGCCACCUUCUUCAAGCCCGUUCGGUAUGGUGACAAGAACGGCACCUUUGGUGCGUGUUCAGAUCCUUUCCCCUAUUUCACGCGGGCUCCCGAUGUUCCUGGUGAUUGUGUUCCCUGUUCAACUAGGGGCAUCCCUUGUACCUGGACGAACCGGUUCCCAGGUGCUGCCUGUGACCAGUGCACCAGCAGUCACCAUGGACGGUGCUCUGCUAGGUACACCGCUCAAGAAAUGAACAAGGUAUCUUCAAAGCUCGCCAAGUACACGAGAUACAACAUCGGUUCAAUGGAGUCUGAUCUCAAGGAGCUCCGCGCACUUAACCACGACCUGGAGCACCUCGAUGUGCUCAUGCGCCGCAACUUCCUGAGGCGCGACCGCCUGAUUCACCAGCUCGCGGAUUCUCUCGACCAGAUUGCCGGCCAUGAGAACGGUAAUGCCAUCAUCGAAGGCCUGGCUUCCACCUACGAGGAAGUCUCUAGCUUCGUCAUCGAUGAUGGUAUUCGUCGCUCCCUCGGUCGUCCUCUUAAUUUGCCAAAGCCUGGCGAGUCCUCUCAUUCUGUGGCUGGUUCUAAGUCGAAGUCUCCUACCAAGGGUGACGAGUCCGAGGCGGAUUUAGAUCCUAACGGCUCUUCUGCUAGCAGCAGUGGUAGCAGCAGCUCCAGUGAUUGA